AUGAACUCUCAACGUCCAAGUACGACACGUCUCGACGAUCUUGUUGCUCUCAGGAUGAGUGCAGCAGCAGCGGCGCCAAGGGUGCUCUAUCGAGGGCCACCCGGGAUGAAACGAGCACUCUACUACUUCAUCGGAACAGUCUUCACAGGCGCAGGGUGCUACCAGGGCUUCCUCCUAACACAGCAUCUCAGCUGGCCCAUCUUGACACGCGAUCCGGAAAAGACCAAGCUUGCGCCACCAUUGCUCCGAUAUGCCGCGGGAGUCGGUGUUGCGGUGACGGGAGGCGGACUCGGAAUGUUCUUCUUCUGGACUCCAUCAAGGCUGGCGACUCGAGUGACGCUGUAUCCGGCAACGUCGCAGAUUGGCAUCCGAACAGCAGCGAGGCCCUUUCGCGCAUUCUUGCCUCCAUCAAUGCGCUCGAAGAGGAGCGCGCCGCUCAACCCGCAGGACCCUUGCGAACGAUUCCAUCCCCUGGACGCGCUCUACCGACGAGACAGGACAUCGGCAGUCGAGAUUGAACAGUUUGCGCAAGGCAAAGGGAGAAGGGUGGUGUCGGAAAAGUCAGGCACGCGACAGAAGGUGCCCUCGUCGAUAUUGAUCGGAGAGGAUGUCACGUUCGGAUACCAGCUCGAGGCUGCACCUACACCACUGUUCGAGACCAAGGCCAAGAACCUGUACACGCAGUACUGGUCGCGAUUCAAGCUUAGCCUUCGUGGCGAGACGGACUGGUCAGAGGUUGCGGGAAGCAGGGGUCUCACAGUAGCGGAACAAACGGCAAAGAAGCAAGCGGAUCCAAAGGAUCCAUGGUUCAUGGACCGCAAGAACUUCGACAAGUUGUUCCCAGUCAGAUCCUUCGCCGGGAAGAAGUAG